UCUCCUUCGCACAACCGCGGCUGUAUAAUGUUCGGCCACACGUGACAUUAUUAAAAAAAAAAAAAAAAAAAAAUAGGCGGGAAAUUCGUUCGAAUUUUUUCAAACUAAAAAAAUGUUUUUGUCAUGAAUUAAAUAGCCUGUGUAUUGUAAAUUUUAUAUUUAUUAUUUUAUGCGCGAUAUGGCACGUUUUAUGAGUGUUGGUUGUGUAUUUUUAAAGCAGCGUUUCUUUUUGAUAUCAUGGAUCUCACUAGUCAUUUAUCUUUUUUAUAGCAGUUUUAUUUAUUAUUCGAACGGUCGACAAUUUUAUUAUUUAAGGCGAAUGCUAGGGUCAGGUCUCUGCGUAUCCAGAGGAACAGCGACAGUUCUUAAUGUUUGUUGUGCGCUUGUACUGUUGCCUCUAUGUAAAAAAUUGAAUCAAAUUCUGUAUCGUGUCCUGUCAAAAUUAUGCCCAGGACUCUUUUUCUUCUGGUUGGAGAGGGCGAAAAGUUUCCAUAUGACUGUAGCCUGUACGCUUCUGAUAUUUGGCGUCAUACAUUCCAUAUCCCACUUUGUAAAUCUAUGGAAUUUUUCCCGGAGCUAUGAUGAAGAAAGGAUCGAAAUAAACCUAGCUAGAUAUAAAAAUGAGAGUCCCUUUAACUUAUUGAUGAGUGUAGCAGGCGUGUCUGGGGUUUCGAUGCUGUUGAUAAUAUUAAGUAUGGGCAUAACGUCCAUGCGAGUUGUCAGGCGUAGAGUGUACAAUGCUUUCUGGUAUACGCAUCAUUUGUACCUGCCUUUUAUGGUGAUGCUGAUGAUUCAUCCAUUGAGUGGAGUCCUGAAAGAGGAGAUUUUAGACGAUGAAAUGAACAGUAUUAAUACUAGUCAAUUAUUAUAUUAUUCCGAAGAGGUAGUUGUGCCAAAAUUUUCAGCUAUUAAAUCAAAGACGUGGCUGUGGAUGGCACUACCGCUUAGUUGUUAUUUUAUGGAUCUGUUGUGGAGGAUUUUUGUUAGAAACCUAUCAAAAGUGGCGAUAGUUAGGGUAUCCCACCUGGCAGGUAGGACUCUCAGUAUAGUACUAACUUCGCCAGAAAAGUUCUCGUGUCGCAUGGGACAGUAUGUGCUGCUUCAGUGUUUGGAUGUGUCCAUGAUAGAGUGGCAUCCAUUCACUGUUGUUAAGAUUCCAACGAGUGACCAACAGGAAUUUGAACUGUGGGUCAAAGUCAAAGGCGACUGGACUGAAGCGUUGGAAAAGGUGCUUUUGGAGCGGGAACAUAAUCAAAUAAGCGUUUUAAUAGAUGGGCCAUUUUCGAGUCCGAUGGAGGGCGCGAGUAAGUGUGAUAUAGCGAUUUGCGUGGCGGCUGGCGUGGGAAUAACUCCCUUUGUAGCCAUGUUGGAGGAUAUUUGCAGAAAUCCCAGAAGUCGAUAUCCCGGAAGGAUACAUUUAAUCUGGAUUGUACGAACUGAACGCGAAGUAUAUUGGUUGGCAGAAUUAGCCAAUAAAUGCAUAAGUGAGCUCAGAUACGCGAAUCGACCAGAUAGACUCCAUCUUGAAUUAUACGUUACUAAUUCUAAAGAAAAUAAAAGCACUCAAGCAACACAUACAAUAAUUGUAAAUGAUAAAGGCAAUCUCACUCAUGUAUUACAAAGAGAUAAAAUUAACGAUACUGAGAAAACUAUACUUUUGACUCCUAAAAUCAAAAGAAAUAGCUUUAUAGAUAUAGAUGUUAAGAUUUACAAAGAUGAUUUCAGUGCAAAGAAACCAGUGAAUAAAAAUGCACGCAAAAAUGGAUCGGGGGAUGAAAAUGCUACGCUUCUAACUCCUAAGCUUAAACGGAAUAAUUUAGUUGAUAUAAAAAUGGCGAAUCUGGGGAAACUUAACAUUAAAGUGGAUGCAGGUUGUGAUGUUAUAAAGGACUAUCCGUUAGUUGGGUGUAGGAUAAGAAGAGGAAGACCGCAUUGGGAUCGAGUUUUUGGGUAUUGGGUCCAUUUGUAUCCAGGACAUCACAUAAAUCUGUAUUGCUGUGGACCAAAGAAAUUAGUGAAACUAUUAAGGAAUAAAUGUAAAUACACUUCCAUGAACACAAAGACGAAGCUGUCUUUUAUCCACGAAGCUUUCUCUUGAUUGUAUUCCGUGUAUCGACUGACUAAUAAAAUAUAGUGUAUUUUA